UGUCGUGAAAUUAAAAAAAGGUGUAUCACGAAUACGGGGGAGUGACCGACUCGCAAUUCUGAAAUACGUGUUUGAAUGGAGCUCUCGCAAGCCGUAAUUGACAGUUUGUCAAUCGUCGGUGAUUCUGCUCAUGUCCCUAACAAAUGUUACCAGAGAUUGCUCGAUGCUGCAUUCGAUGGAGUUGUGGACUCGGAACAAAGAAAUCGAAUAUCGGGAGACGAGGCUUUCGGUGGUGUUGAUAAGGCUGCAUUGAAGGAGGCAUACGCUGGACUGGUGUCCUGUAUCAUCGAAGCUACCAAGCAUGACACAGAGGCUGCCUCACUCGAAGCUGUGCUAGAAGACUGUAAAUUCACUGCCGACAGAAUCAAAGCCUUCAUAUCAAGUUACCAGGAAAGGAAACAAAUUCUGCAGAUUUUGCUUGGAAAUGUUGGAGUUACUCCCCCUCACAUAGUCGACGUGGAUUGGAGAUUAGAUUACUAUAUCAAGAAUAACCACCUAGAGAAGGUGAAUCAGGCUGUCUACCUGAUAUCUCUGAAGACAGAGGUACCAGGGAAACCAGGUAUUCAGGACGUACAGUUCUCCUGUACACAAGAACAGUUACAGGAUUUUGUUGGAAAAUUAAAAGAUGCUACGAAGUGUUUAGAGAAAAUCAGUGCAUCACAGUAGUGCAAGGCGUAAAAGACAUUUUGAUAGGAUAGUAUACUUGUUUGCGGGGCCAAAUUAUGUGUAAAAAUGGUAUUAUAAGUGAUAUGAAGUGUAAGUAUGCUGCCUACAACAUGAUAUAGAGAACACUAGUGUGAUUAAGGUUAAAGGUCAUUUGUAAUCUGCAUACCAGGGAAUUUCGUCAAGUCAAACUUUCGCCCUUAAAUCAAUUUUCGCCCACGGCAGUGUUUAUUUUGCCCUUCAUAUUUAAUUAAUAUGUUUGUAGUGCUAUUUACUUCUGUUCGCUGUAAUGACAAUACAUGUAAAUUUGCCCUCAUAAGGCAAGAUGACAAAGACAAAAUCAAACUGCAGCGAAAAUUGCCUGGUAUGCAGCAUUAAUAACAAAUAUUGAAUAAAAAAAAAAUAUGCGAUGUGUGGAAGUCAUUUCUGAUAUUUAUAAAUGUCCCUAUUUGAAAAAUAGCAAUUUAACAAACCUCAACUCACUUUUAUAAACUUUCGAGGUUUGGUUCAUAAUGUGAGAUUGUUGCUUGCCUGAUCAAUCUUUGCUAUUCUGUUUAUCCCAAAACGGUUUUGCUUAUUUGUGUACUUUAGAGAAAUACUUUGUUGAAAAACCUUUCCUUUCCCAACGAAACAUCCUUAAAUUUUUUAAUUCACAUCGUCCAAGAUUUAUGAGAUGACGUGUUUAAGUAUCGAUAGAAUUUGUAUCCGCUCUUUUUAUUCACCUAUAAACCUAGCCGUAUAACCAUUUUAUGAAGAGCAAAUCUAGCCACUAUAGACGGGACGUGUUUCUACACUGGUGUUGUUUAUAUUAACAUAAUUAUUACAGGAUAUGUGCAAUAGCACCAAAUAUAUUAUUUUUUCUCUAUGUUUGACUAAGUUGGAACAAAAGAUUUAGGUUUUCUCCUUAAAGAUGAUUCAAUGCUAUAGUACGGGUAAAUUUCUUCUCAUUUUGAUGGCAGUUUUUCCAUUAUGAUUCAAAUUUUAAAAAGAUGAACUUAGAAAGCUCUUCUAAGUCAAUAUAAUAUUCUACUGAUGUAUUAAUUAAAAACUGUAACGAAGUGUAUAUGAAAAUAUUGAACUUCCAUGUUUGAGUACAAUGUAUCCAUUUAGAUCCAGUUUUAUCACACAAUGUACUGUGUUAUCUCAGUGAAUAUACCCUUGUCAUAUUUUUUUGCGUAUUAACCCAUGUAAUAUGUCCUAUCAGCCCUGUGAUUGGUUGUAAGUUUGAAUUGUUUUGAUUGUGACGUCACGCCUAGGAGGCUUGGUAAAUUGAAAAGUUCUUAGACUCGUUUUCAUAAAUCUCAUAUGAAAUGGAAACUCAUGUAAGAUUCCAUAUAUAUAUCAACCUCAUUUAGUUAGAGGUAACUAUACAACAAAUGAAUUCUGUUGUUUAAGAUGAGCAGAAAUGUAUUUAUUUUUUGUUUAAGAUUUUUGAGAUUUGGCAUUUAUACCCUGACAUUCAAGUUAUUUUCAGUUUUAAUAAUUUUUUAAAUGUCAACUACUAGACUAUAUAAUUUCUGUGAAUGUGUCAUAAAACUGAUGCAGUUUAGAUAAUACAUGAGAGUUCAAUUUCUAUACUAAAUCAAUAGUAAUACAUAGUUAUAGAGAAAUGCUUGUAUGUGUAUGUUGUAUAUCAAUAAAAAGAGAUAUCAUAAA